AUGGAAGAAAUGAGAGAAGAAAGAGAGAGACAAACACAAAUGAUAAAACAAAUGAAACAAGAACGAGAGAGACAAGAACGUGAGAGACAAGAAUGUGAGAGAGAACGAGAGGGACAAGCACAAAUGAUAAAACAAAUGAAAGAAGAACAAGAGAGAGCAAAACAAGAGAUGGAAGAAAUGAGAGAAGAAAGAGAGAGACAAACACAAAUGAUAAAACAAAUGAAACAAGAAAGAGAGAGACAAGAACGUGAGAGACAAGAAUGUGAGAGAGAACGAGAGGGACAAGCACAAAUGAUAAAACAAAUGAAAGAAGAACAAGAGAGAGCAAAACAAGAGAUGGAAGAAAUGAGAGAAGAAAGAGAGAGACAAACACAAAUGAUAAAACAAAUGAAACAGGAAAGAGAGAGACAAGAACGUGAGAGACAAGAAUGUGAGAGAGAACGAGAGGGACAAGCACAAAUGAUAAAACAAAUGAAAGAAGAACAAGAGAGAGCAAAACAAGAGAUGGAAGAAAUGAGAGAAGAACGAGAGAGACAAACACAAAUGAUAAAACAAAUGAAACAAGAACAAGAGAGACAAGAACGUGAGAGACAAGAAUGUGAGAGAGAACGAGAGGGACAAGCACAAAUGAUAAAACAAAUGAAAGAAGAACAAGAGAGAGCAAAACAAGAGAUGGAAGAAAUGAGAGAAGAACGAGAGAGACAAACACAAAUGAUAAAACAAAUGAGACAAGAACAAGAGAGACAAGAACAAGAGAGACAAGAAUGUGAGAGAGAACGAGAGGGACAAGCACAAAUGAUAAAACAAAUGAAAGAAGAACAAGAGAGAGCAAAACAAGAGAUGGAAGAAAUGAGAGAAGAACGAGAGAGACAAACACAAAUGAUAAAACAAAUGAGACAAGAACAAGAGAGACAAGAACGUGAGAGACAAGAAUGUGAGAGAGAACGAGAGGGACAAGCACAAAUGAUAAAACAAGUGAAAGAAGAACAAGAGAGAGCAAAACAAGAGAUGGAAGAAAUGAGAGAAGAAAGAGAGAGACAAACACAAAUGAUAAAACAAAUGAAACAAGAACGUGAGAGACAAGAAUGUGAGAGAGAACGAGAGGGACAAGCACAAAUGAUAAAACAAAUGAAAGAAGAACAAGAGAGAGCAAAACAAGAGAUGGAAGAAAUGAGAGAAGAAAGAGAGAGACAAACACAAAUGAUAAAACAAAUGAAACAAGAACAAGAGAGACAAGAACGUGAGAGACAAGAAUGUGAGAGAGAACGAGAGGGACAAGCACAAAUGAUAAAACAAGUGAAAGAAGAACAAGAGAGAGCAAAACAAGAGAUGGAAGAAAUGAGAGAAGAAAGAGAGAGACAAACACAAAUGAUAAAACAAAUGAAACAAGAACGAGAGAGACAAGAACGUGAGAGACAAGAAUGUGAGAGAGAACGAGAGGGACAAGCACAAAUGAUAAAACAAGUGAAAGAAGAACAAGAGAGAUCAAAACAAGAGAUGGAAGAAAUGAGAGAAGAAAGAGAGAGACAAACACAAAUGAUAAAACAAAUGAAACAAGAACGAGAGAGACAAGAACGUGAGAGACAAGAAUGUGAGAGAGAACGAGAGGGACAAGCACAAAUGAUAAAACAAAUGAAAGAAGAACAAGAGAGAGCAAAACAAGAGAUGGAAGAAAUGAGAGAAGAAAGAGAGAGACAAACACAAAUGAUAAAACAAAUGAAACAAGAACGAGAGAGACAAGAACGUCAGAGACAAGAAUGUGAGAGAGAACGAGAGGGACAAGCACAAAUGAUAAAACAAGUGAAAGAAGAACAAGAGAGAGCAAAACAAGAGAUGGAAGAAAUGAGAGAAGAACGAGAGAGACAAACAGAAAUGAUAAAACAAAUGAAACAAGAACAAGAGAGAGAAAAAGAAGAGAUGGAACAAAUGGGAGAAGAACGAGAGAGAGAAAAAGAAGAGAUGGAACAAAUGGGAGAAGAACCAGAGAGAGAACAAAUGGGAGAAGAACCAGAGAGAGAAAAAGAAGAGAUGGAACAAAUGAGAGAACCACAGAGAGAAAAACAAGAGAUGGAACAAAUGGGAGAUGAAACAGAGAGAGAUAAACAAGAGAUGGAACAGAUGAGAGAAGAACCAGAGAGAGAAAAAGAAGAGAUGGAACAAAUGGGAGAAGAACCAGAGAGCGAAAAACAAGAAAUGGAACAAAUGGGACAAGAACCAGAGAGAGAAAAACAAGAGAUGGGACAAACUGGAGAAGAACCAGAGAGCGAAAAACAAGAAAUGGAACAAAUGGGAGAAGACCCAGAGAGAGAAAAAGAAGAGAUGGAACAAAUGGGAGAAGAACCAGAGAGAGAAAAAGAAGAGAUGGAACAAAUGGGAGAAGAACCAGAGAGCGAAAAACAAGAGAUGGGACAAAUUGGAGAAGAACCAGGGAGAGAAGAAUGA